AUGGAACACCCGGUGCAGCCCCGCCCGAUUCGACGGCGGGUCAAUGCUCUACUCUACGUGAGCGAAAGAAUAGGACCAGAACUGCUUCCCUACCUCCUGCACAACCCCAACCUAAACCUCCGAGUGAUCUCGGAAGUCUCGAAAUCCGAGUUUCAACAGCACAUGGCUCCUGGCGUCAGCCUGAACAACGUACAAUGGAUAGAGAACAAAUCCCAAGAUCCGCAUCGCAACGAAGUCAUGAUGCUGGGCCACCGCCUGGCUAAAUGGGCCGAUUUUAUGUUUCUCGCAAUUGACGCUGGAAUGAUCACCUUUAUGCUGAGCGGCUUCACUACCGACGUCCUCCUCCAUGUUUUGAGAUGCUGGGACGUGUCAAAGAGAAUCGAUCUGUUACCGGAGUUGAGCAGGGAUCAAUACAGACACCCCAUAUGGAACAGGCAGUUAUCCGAACUCCGGAGGAAAUGGGAUUGGGUUCGCGUUCUGUCUCCUGCCAUUUUUGAGUUCUCGGAGAAUGGCACCAGCCUGGCUCAGUGGGAUGCAAAUUCUGCAGACGGAGACGCUACUCCCGAAUUCCGCUGGCAAUGGGCUGGACCGACGGAGAUGAUUGAGGCCAUCGAGAGUGAAGCCCAGUCGGUUCUGCGGACGACGUAUGGCAAGACAAACUCGGCAAUCCUAAACCUCCCACUCUCCAAAGACGCCUCUUCCAAACCUCAACUACCCGGCGAAAUUUGGACCAUCAUUCUGGACCACCUAGGGGAUUGGGAACUCGCCACCAGCCUAGGAAUCUUCACACACCUGCCUGUCCCUCACGAAUGGGAGCCACUCGUCCCACAACCAGGAUCGUCCAAGCCUCCCUCGCUCGAAUACACCAUCCUCACAAGACCUGUGUCCCAGGUCCAAAAAUAUUUCACCACCCACACCUCCUCCAACCCUCCAACCACCUUGUCCCCGAUCGCGACACGGCUCAUCUUCCGCUUCUCCAUGACCGACCUGCUCACCUACCUGGCACUCCAACAAAAGGACAUCUUCUGGACCUCCUUUGGCCUAGCCCUGCUGCCGCACAAGGCGUCAUUGAUCUACAACUCCCCCACGAUCCUGCAGUGGUGGAAAGAUUGUCCAGCCGUGAUCAAGAAAGAAUAUGGGCCCGAAGCCCUGGACGGGGCUUCCCGCGCCGGAUUCGUAGAGGUGCUGGACUGGUGGCUCAAUUCCGGCCUGAAACUCACAUACACCGAAAAGGCACUGGAGUCGGCCAGUGCCAAGGGCCAUGUGGAGGUGCUUGAAUGGUGGAAGGAGAAUUCUCAGAAACUCGCGGGCACAGAUCGCGAGAUGCCUCUCAAGGUCGGCAAGAGCAUCCUCUUGGCCGCGCAGAGUGGGCGGACAAACUCCAUCGAGUGGUGGGAGACGUCGGGCAUCCCCUACGCGCACGAAGACGGGGUGGCCCGCCUCGCGUCCCAACACGGCCACGUCCCCGUAUUGGAGCUGUGGCAUCGGUUCAAGGGCAGCAAGAUGAUUUUCGACAACCAGGUCCUCGUCGGCGCCACCAAGAACGGCCACGCCGGCGUUUUACAGUGGUGGAAGGACGUCAGUCGCAAGACAGGGUUGAGGGUGGAGUACAAGACCUGCGACAUUGAAGAGGCCAUGGAAGACGCCGUCGGUGGCGGCGGCGAAGGAGAGGUCCGCGAGUGGUGGGCAAGGAACGGUCUGAAUUUGGGAGUCGGCACGGGCGAAUGGAUGAGGGUCAAGACAUUGUGA